GCUUAUUGUUCAAAUCAAAAACACCAAAACAAAAAGAAUGGCUAAAGCUUCUCUCAUAUGUUUCUUCUGGCGCCGAUUUCCACUUUCCAGUUCCCGGCGAUUGUUCCCUUCUUUCGCACUUUAUAGGCAAUGGCAGCUGAUGGUGAUGAAGACCGUUCUUGGCGUUUAUUCACCUCUGAAGAUAUGAUUGAAGGUUACAAGUCACUUAAGCGCAAAAAGACAACUAGGAAUGUCAAGAAAAAAGAGAGGGGGAGUACUGCAGCUGCACAGGCCUUCUGUUCAGACAAUUCCGAUGCACCGCGCACAGCAGAGUCAUCUGCCGCUGUUGGUACAUCUGAGAUGGUUAGAAGCACUGAUAGGAAAAGGGUUAUCAAAGAGGACAUUCCUGCGAGAAGGCCCUUUACUGAUAUAACGAACCAAGACCGCACUGUAAAAAAAAGGGAAGAGAAAUAGAGAUAAGUCCAGAACAAAAAACACCAGAAUAGAGAAUGCUGAGCUGAAAGAAUGUUCUCGAAACUUAUUCGAAGAGGAAUUUAUUCAUGGUGGGAUCACAACUGGCAUUGUCUAUGAUGAGA